GAAAAGAGGUUCCGAUCUCGUGUUCCUUUUUGCCUAGGCCAUCACAAAUUGUAGAUGAGAUCUAGUAUCUUUGGAACAUUUACCAAGCACCUCCUGCCAAUUUCACUAGGGAAAAUCCCUGCCACCAGAUCUUAUGGAAGUUUAUUAUUAACAAAGUCAAGGAAUUUUCAAAAAUCACGUUUUCAGUUCAAAAAGAUCGAAAGACUAAAGAUGGCUACAAAUAUUGAGCAAGAAAUUGAUGUCAAGAGUUUUAGUGAUAAAGCUGACAAAGCGGAAAAAGAAAUUGCACUUCUGAAAGCUCAGAUUGAAUUGAUAUCAAGAAAAAUAGGUGACCCAUCAUUUGAUGAGCCUUCUGAAGAUCUACAAAAAUUGAUAACUGAGAACGCCAAAUUAAAGUAUCAGAAGACACAUCUUGAAAGGGCAAUCAUGGAUCAGAAGGCCCAAGUUGAAAAAAAGAUGCCCAACUUGAAAUUAACAAUAACAUCAUUGUUUUCAAAGAGCAUUCAGCUUGCUUAUCCAGACAUAGAUGAUGUUCAAACCCUUGUUCAGGCAGCACAGUCUGAUAAAUUUGGUGAUUAUCAGUGCAACAGUGCAAUGGUGAUUGCAAAGAAACUGAAAACCCAAGGUAAACCAUCGAAUCCAAGGGAAAUCGCACAGGAAAUUAUCAACAAAUUGCCAGAGAACAACGUUAUUGAAAAGGUGGAGAUUGCAGGACCAGGGUUUAUCAAUAUCAUACUGAAAAAGGAUGUUAUUCUUGGCAUCUUAGAUGAUAUCUUAAAAAGAGGCGUCUUGCCACCAGGCAUUGGAGCCCCAAAAAGGGUUGUCGUCGAUUUCUCAUCGCCGAAUAUCGCCAAAGAGAUGCACGUGGGACAUCUUCGAUCCACCAUUAUUGGAGAAAGUCUUUGCAGGCUGCUGGAAUACAUUGGUCACGAUGUCCUGAGGCUGAAUCACGUAGGAGACUGGGGCACACAGUUUGGAAUGCUCAUAGCACAUCUGGAAGACCAGUUCCCAGACUUCAGGACUACGUCACCACCGAUUGGAGACUUGCAGUCAUUUUACAAGGCUUCAAAAAAGCGGUUUGACCAGGAAGAAGACUUUAAAAAGCGUGCUUACCAGCGCGUGGUAGAACUUCAAGGAGGGCAGCCAGAUAUCGUCAAGGCUUGGCAGUUGAUCUGCAAUGAAUCGCGCAAAGAGUUCCAGAAGAUUUAUGACCGGCUAGAAAUUACUUUAAUUGAAAGGGGAGAAUCGUUUUAUCAAGAUAGGAUGACUCAAGUGGUUAAGGAAUUGGAAGAAGCAGGUAUUGUAGACCUUGAGGAAGGAAGAAAAGUUGCGUUCGCUCCAGGUAUUAAGGUGCCUUUAACUAUGGUGAAAUCUGAUGGUGGUUACACGUAUGAUACAUCAGAUUCUGCUUGUCUGAAACAGAGGUUGUUUGAAGAGAAGGCUGACUGGAUUGUUUACAUCACAGACGCGGGUCAGGCAGAGCAUUUCAAAACGAUCUUCGGUGUUGGUCAGCGUGCCGGCUGGUAUCACCCAGAUAUAACACGAGUUGAUCACAUGCCGUUUGGAGUCGUCCUAGGAGAGGACAAGAAAAAAUUCAAGACGAGGUCUGGAGAAACGAUCAGACUUUUAGAUCUGUUAGACGAAGGUGUUCGUAGGGCCGAGGACAAGCUGAAGGAAAAAGGACGUGAUAAGGAACUUACACCGGAAGAACUGCAUGCUGCCAGUACAUCUGUGGCGUAUGGCUGCAUCAAAUACGCAGAUUUAUCACACAAUAGGAUGAUGGACUAUGUCUUUUCAUUUGACAAGAUGUUGGACGAUAAAGGAAACACUGCUGUUUACUUGCUUUAUGCCUUGACAAGAAUAAGAUCUAUUAUCAGGACAGCGAAAGUUAGCGACGAGGAGCUUGAGAAGUAUAUCAAAUCAAACAAUAUUACUUUGGAUCAUCCCAAAGAAUUGAAACUUGGCAAAUUUUUGACUCGAUUCCCCGAAAUUCUGAUGAAAAUUUUGGAUGAUCUUCUGUUGCAUACUCUUUGCGAGUAUUUGUAUGAGCUUGCAUGCAAACUGACAGAGUUCUACGAGGCCUGUUACUGCGUGGAGAAGGAUAAAGCCACAGGUGAAAUUGUGAAGGUGCACAUGAAUCGUCUGAUGCUUUUGAAGGCCACGUCAUUGGUGUUUUUGCAAGGAUUCAACAUUCUUGGAUUGAAAGCUUUGGACAAAAUGUAAGACACUGAACUCAGUCAAAGAUGGAACAUUAGUAGGAAAAUGAACCGAGAAACGUUUGUAGGAAAAUGACAAUUUUUGUCUAGGAAGAUUUGAAGUAGUAGGUAAUAUGAAGUAGAAUUGUGUUUUAAACAUCAAGAGACUGCAUUUGUUGUGCAACAUUGAAAUUACCAUUGCGUUGAAAUAAAGCUCAAAAUCAGA